AUGGAGAUAGAAAAACUCACAGUCUUGGGAAGAGAGUUCGGUCUGGAAGGAGAAGAGCUCCGGGCGUGGGUAGAUGAAGAAAGAAAGCGUGAACGGGAAGCAAGGGCUACCGAAAGAGAGCGAGCUAGGGAAGCAGCCGCUAUGGAAGUCAAGAUUUUGGAGAUGAAGCUCCGACUUCAAGAGCAAGGUCAAAAUGGGAGCGCUGUCGUAUCUGAGAGUAAUGCAACCAGUCAAAGUGGAAUAAUGUGGAACCUGAGUCCUAACAAGCUGCUCGCGCCCUUUGAUGAAAAGAAGGACGAGCUUGACGCGUACAUUCUCCGCUUUGAAAGAAUCGCCGCGGGACAAAAAUGGCCCGAGGACCAGUGGGCCGUUGCGCUAAGCAUGUGUCUCACUGGCGAGGCACUGAGCGUAUUUAGUCGGCUAACGCCAGCAGAUUCGGUGGUGUACGAAAAGGUCAAGACGGCUUUGUUGCAGCGAUUCCGUUUUACCGCUGAUGGUUUUCGAGAUAGGCUCCGGAACAGCAAGCCGGCCGACGGAGAAACGGCAUCGCAGUAUUACUCGCGUCUUGGAAACUAUUUUGACCGAUGGAUAGAACUGGCAAGCAUUAAGAAGGAGUACGGCGACCUGCGAGACUUGAUGCUCUCCGAACAGUCUUUGAAGGACUGUAGGCAGGAUUUGGCGCUUUAUCUGAAGGAGAGAAAGUCAAAGACGACAGCGGAGAUGUUGGAGCUGGCCGACCAUUUCCAGCAAGCACAACGUCAAACGAGACUGGGGAGACAGGUAACGUCAGAUCCAAAGCGACCUGAGACCCAAGGCAGGGCCAAUGCAGAUACCCCUACGGGUAGCAAGGGGAACUCCAGACCCCCCGUAAAGUGUUUCUUAUGCAAUAAGAUUGGACAUCGUGCGGCUGACUGCCGAAGUAAUUUCUCCAGAAACCAACGGAGCACGUCCUGCUGGAAGUGCGGGAAGAAUGGACAUCGUGCUAACGACUGUUCCAACCAGCCGACCGCAAGCAGCCAGAGCUCCUGCUUCGUGACGGAAGAACAAGCGGUGCCAGGAAACGCUCCCUACGUGGAAUUAAAGGAUGGCACGCAAGUGCCGGUGGUGAACACGUUGUCAUCCAGGGCUACAAUGUUUCAGGGGAACGGACUGCCAGUUGUACCGGGAGAAGUCGAGGGCCAGCACGUAAAAGUUCUUCGGGACACGGGAAGUAAUACCGUAGUGGUUAGAAAAUCCUUGGUGCCGGAGGGUAGUUUUACAGGAAAGCGAAGCGCUGUCUACCUGGUAGACCGCACCAUCAGAUACCUGCCCGAGGCCAGGGUGACAGUAAGCACGCCAUAUUACGAGGGAGAAGUGAUGGCCAAGUGUAUGGAUGACCCCCUUUAUGAUUUGGUCCUUGGAAACAUUGCCGGGGUACGAGACGUUGCUGAUCCGAACCCGGACUGGCGAACUGAGAGCGAGAUUUCGGUGCAAACACCAGUUAGCCCCCAGGACGAAGAAAUCCAAGAGCAGCCCAGCAAGCCGAGUUGCGACCCAGAUAAAAGUGCCGCUGUGCAAACGAGGGCCCAGGCAAGGAAAGAGUCCAAGCUUAAAGCUUUAAAGGUUCCCGCAUCCGUUCACAGUACCGGAACAGACCUCGCCAAGGAACAGACAGAGGAUUCUAGUCUAAAGGCGUGUUUCAACAAACUCGGCAAGGUUAUCCAGUGCAAGCGGUCGAAAGGGAGUCAGGAGUUCUUCAUGAAGAAUGAUUUACUUUUCCGGAGAUUUACACUGCCAUCGGGGCGCUGUCUUGAGCAGCUCGUGCUACCUACGGGGCGGAGGCGAGACGCUAUGCGCGCUGCGCAUGAUGGUAUGAUGUCAGGGCACCAAGGAAUAAAGAAAACCACUGAUCGUGUCACGCAAGAAUUUUACUGGCCGGGAAUGCAGGAGGACAUACAGCGAUAUGUGAAAUCCUGCGACGUUUGCCAGAAGACGACUCCGAAAGGAAAGGUUACGAAAGCCCCCUUGGGUCGUGUCCCAAUCAUUGACACACCAUUCCAGAGGGUCGCCGUGGAUAUCGUCGGUCCAAUCUCACCCCCUUCUGAUCGCGGGAAUCGGUAUCUGCUCACUUUGGUAGACUAUGCCACUAGAUACCCGGACGCUGUGGCAUUGCCAAGCAUAGAGUCGGAGAGGGUAGCCGAGGCCCUUGUGGAGAUGUUCUCUCGUGUUGGUGUCCCCAGGGAAGUUCUAAGCGACAGGGGAUCCAAUUUCACAUCGGAGAUGAUGCGGGAAGUCGACCGCCUAUUAUCGGUGAAACAUUUAACUACAACCCCGUACCACCCAAUCGCAAAUGGCCUCGUGGAAAAGUUCAACGGAACGUUUAAGCAGAUGCUUAGGCGCAUGUGUGCAGAAAGGCCCAAAGACUGGGAUCGCUACGUAGCAGCGUUGCUUUUUGCCUACAGGGAAGUACCUCAGACAAGCUUGGGUUUUUCACCCUUUGAGCUUUUAUACGGGAGGCAUGUUCGGGGCCCCCUUUCCUUGUUGAAAGACAUUUGGACCAACGCCGAUUUGGACGCUGAGACUAAAACAACGUACCAGUAUGUGCUGGACCUUCGGAAUCGAUUGGAAGAUACGUGCAAGGUGGCACACGAAGCAUUGGCUCAAUCGAGAGAAAAGUACGAAAGGUACUACAACCGCAGGGCGAAAGAGCGCAAGCUGGAGGUGAAUGAUAGGGUUCUUAUAUUGCUCCCCACAAGUAACAACAAGCUUGUCAUGCACUGGAAGGGCCCAUUUCCAGUCACAGGCAAAAAGAGCGACUUAGACUAUGAGGUUGAUCUAGGUUCAAAGAGGAAGAUUUUCCACAUCAACAUGCUAAAACGAUAUGAGGAACGGAAAGAGGCGGCAGAAGAAGCAUCAGCUACCUGGGUUUGUGGGAUGGCAACGUUACAAGAUCCGGGCGAUGAGACUGAUCUACCCGUGCCCAGCCUGGAAACAAAGGAAAGCUAUAAAGACGUCACGUGUUGUGGAGACUUAUCCGCGGAACAGAAAGGGCAGGCAGUUGACAUUUUACGGGAGUUCGCAUUCUGCUUAACUGACAUUCCGGGCAAGACAUCAUUUGUAGAAUGUGAUUUGAAGACAACUACGAACCUCCCGGUGAACAUAAAGCAGUACCCGCUGCCAUUUGCAACCAGAGAGAUAGUUGACGAUGAGGUAGAUAAAAUGCUCCAGUUGGGAAUAGUAGAACGAUCUGUGUCUGCGUACAACUCGCCGGUUGUCAUCGUAAAGAAAUCGGAUGGAACGAACCGACUGUGCGUCGAUUAUCGACGCCUGAACGACGUGCUCGUGCCGGAUUCAGAACCCAUCCCGCGAGCAGAUAUCGUGUUUGCAAGGGUGGGCCAGAGACGUUAUUUUUCGAAAUUUGACUGCGUCAAGGGAUACUGGCAGAUACCAUUGACGGAAACAUCGAAAGGGAAGACAGCUUUUUCAACGUCUGCAGGGCACUUUCAGUUCAAGUUCAUGCCCUUCGGUAUUAAAACAGCCCCAGCAGUGUUUUCUCGCCUGAUGCAGAGGCUGUUUCACGGGAUGAGCGGCGUCCAUCACUACUUCGAUGAUAUUCUGCUGGCGACAGACACAUGGGAGGAGCACUUGGAAUUGUUGAGAGAGGUGCUGACACGUGUCGCUACGGCGGGAUUGACAGUGAGACCAGCAAAGAGCCAAAUCGGGUUCGCAGAGAUAAAUUUUCUUGGGCAUAAUUUGGGUCGGGGCACCUUGUCUGCGAUGCCAGAAACACUUGAGAGGAUCCGAGAUGCUCCCCAGCCCAAAACGAAAACACAAGUGCGAUCGUUCCUCGGCCUCACCGGCUAUUAUCGGGAAUUCAUCCCAAACUACGCCGCAAUAACGGCGCCGCUUACGGAACUGACCAAGAAGCAGAAAAGUAAUCAGGUGGUCUGGACUGCAGAGCAUGAAACGGCAUUUCGGGAACUAAAGCGAAUGUUGGCAGAGCCACCUAUUCUACGGCUGCCGGACUUCAGCCGGCCGUUCACUCUGAGAACUGACGCUUCGGAGGUGAGCCUAGGGGCCAUAUUACUUCAAGAACACGAAGGUGUCUACCACCCCGUUGCCUACGCCAGCCGAAAACUUCUUCCCCGAGAGGCAGCGUAUUCAGCUAUAGAGCGUGAAGGUCUCGCGCUCGUUUGGGGGAUACAGAGAUUUCACAUCUAUUUGUACGGGACACAGUUCACGGUGCAAUCAGACCAUGAACCACUCAGAUACAUCAAUCGAUCAAAGCACUUGAACAGCCGCAUACUCAGGUGGAGUUUGUUACUUCAAGAGUACGAGUUCCGAGUUGAAUAUAUCAAGGGUAGUGAGAACGUUGGCGCAGACUACCUCAGUAGAGUUGAGGUAAUAUAA